CAUAUUUAUACUUUAUGACACCAGAUCCUUCUUCACAAAACCCAUGGCUACCUUUUGUUGCCCAAUUGAAACCGAACCCAAGACCUUGAACCAAGUUGAACUCAACCAUGCACGGGAAGCUGCUGUUGGUGUUUUGAAAGAAAAUGAACCAUCUGAAGCUUCUCGUAUCCUCAAUGAGGGUAUGAAACCAGUUAUCGGAGUUGAAGAGAUGGCAAUGGUUAUUGAUAGAAAGGAUUCAAUUUACAGGCUUCAAGGCGUGUCUACGACUGGUGAAGCAAUUUGCCAGUGUUCGGUGAUCGGUGUUGUGUCUACUCCUGAUCAAAGUAAAUUGAAGGAGCCUUUUUCUGCUCCUUUUUGAUCAUGUUUAUGAGUUGAAAAUACUUUGUUAUGAUCAACUUAUGAAGUUUUCUUUUACUUGUUGAUGGUUUGCAUCAUGAAAUGAUAUAUGAUUAUUUACUAGCAAAUUCUAUAUUAUGAUUCCUUUGAUGAGGAUCUGACUUUCCAGUGUUUUCGUUUACUUGAUGAUGAUUCCAAUUAUUUUACAAAUGAACA